UAUCUGUUGAUCGAGAUGCGGUCAGUAAACUCGAAGAGAGAAGAAAUCGCUUCAAAAGAAAGAAAAACUUCAAGCUAUUAGCGGCAGAAACAGAAUCUGCUCCUGAAGCGGUUAAAAAAACUUCCGUGGAAGGUAAGGUGGAUGAUCCACAAGAACCACAAGAGCCACAAGAGAUAAAUGUUUUCGAAGAUAUUUUAUUUCGAGAGCCAUCAGUGAUAAAGGAGAAGCUUUUGCCCAGGAGACUAUAUUAUAAAAAUUGGGUAGCUCUCAUAUCAUCAGACUUCGAUCGUAAAUAUACACCGGAGGACGUCGGCUGUUCCAAGAAUUGUCCGAGAAGUAAGAAAAUUAGUCUGGACAACAACCUAAUUGCAGAAUAUGAUAAUUUCGAAGUUUACGAUAUGGACGAUACAGAAUACAACGUGAAUUAUAACGAUGCACCUAAUUGCUCUUCCUUUACUUGGAUAUUCCAGGAAAACGAUUCGGGUACAUUACCCGACGAGAAUCAUUGUAUUGCAUCAUUGCGGCUUACGUGUUAUUUACGAUCGAAGUUUCUCCGUGACAAUAACAUACCUUACAAUAAGCCUUACAAUGAAUACAAACAAAAGUAUUUGCAGUUCAAGAGACAAUUUUUCAAGGAAGAGGACGAACGAUGGCAGAAUAUGCCCAUCGACACUCUGGCCGAUCAACGUAAAAGGGACGACUACAUGACUAAGUUGUUUUCUCCCUAUCAUAAUACGGACGAACAAGUCGUCGAAUUAAAACAGAAAGCCAAGUCGAUGAUUCCUUACAAAGAUUAUCAUCCGGUCAACGGAAAGGUUUUUAGGACUGGCGUCUACAGAUUUCUACCGUAUGUCCAAAGCGAUGCGUCAAUUUUAACAGUUUCCGACUACCAUGAUGAAAAAGACGGGAUAAAGAGUCAGUUAUUUGUUGAACUAGAAAAACUUUCGGAUAGUGUUUUUGAUUCUGGAAUCUUUAGCAUAAAAGAGGAGCUUGAUUCGGACGAUUGCCCGAAAGAAAUGUGUCAACUGGACAAGGAAGGGGAAAACAAUAGUAAAAGUAUGCUUAAUGAAACUAUUAAUCGUGUAGAUACACAGGCGAUUGGAGAAAAUGAAAAAAAUGUCGUUAUAGUGAUAGAUGAUAAAAAAACUGAGGAAAAUUCGACGAAAGAAAAUGUUGAAAAUGGAAUUACUGAAUGCAAUGCAUUGCAAACUAAUCAAAAUCCAGAAAAAGGUGACAAUACAAUUGAAGCAAAUACGGAAACGGGCAAUACUGAAUGUAUUGAUACAGUAAAAUCGACAAGUGAUAAAAAUCCAGAAAAUGGAAAUACAAAUACAGAAAACACCGAAGUUGCUACAUCCAAAAGCCCUGAUAAUUCUGAAAAUGAAGAUAAAACAAAAAAUACCGAAACCGUCAAUACACAAGAAAGCACCGAUCAUGAUGCUGUCGACAAUUUCGAUGUAAUAUCCAUAAUGAGCGAUCACGAUUACUGCGCCGUACCUCCAGAGAUUCCUAAUGUGUUAAAAGACAGCAACAAGAGUAAUAUACAAGAAACGUUUGUUCCCAUGAAUACUGCCGCAAAAAUAGUUCCAAGAAAUGUUCGUCAGAUAAUAGCGAAGGAAAAUAAAUUCAAGGACCCUUCAAUGGGACCGCCCCCUGCGAAGAGAAGAAAAUUGACCCAAAAACAAAUAGAGAAGUUGCUCACCAGCAAAAUAAAGCCAGUGAAAGAAAUGAAGUUUGAAAAAUUCUUCUCUCAAAACUACCAUCCUGGAUUCGAUGAAGGCGAUAUUCAAGAGGUAGAAUACGAAUCAGAGGAAGAAACACCACGAGAAGUUGCGAAACCUGUCGAUGAAACUAAAAAGACGUCAAACGAGAAGAGUAACUCUACGGAAAUCGUUUAUUCUGACGACGAUUGUUAUGAAGAUGGAUUUCCUGGAUUUGCUCGAGCUUCAGAUACCCAAAGCUCACAAAGGAAACGAUUUGAGAUAGAUCCUGAGCAUCAAGAACGCUACGAGAAAAGAGUGGCUGAAGUCAAGGAACAGAGAAGAAGAGUAUAUGAAGCGAUGAAUAUUGAUCCGAAAGAUGAAGUAGAGAAGUAUCUAAAACACGAGAAGGAACAGCGGGAAUCUAAAAAACGCGUACAAGAAUGGACGGAAUUCAUAACUCCGAUCCUAGAAAAGACCAGCGAGAAAGAUUUCGAUGUACAUGAAUACGAGACAAGAAUCUUGGAUCAAAUUGAAGUAGAUGAGAGUAAACAAUUCAAAAACAUGGUUGAAGGAAAACCCUCCGCUGAAGUAAUAAGGUUUUUUGUUGCCUCGUUGCAUUUGGCGAACACUGAAAAUAUCGAAAUUUCUGGUAGUAAAUCGGGAGAAUUAUCGAACGAGACGUUUACCAUUAAAUUGCUAAAGCGUGACAGGUAUCACGAGCAUUUAGCACAGUAUGAAGCUCCUUCGUUAGAAAACUUCCGAGAACGAAUUAAAAGAAUGAGAGAACAACAGAGUGUCGAAGUACCAGUUGAACAAAUUCAGCCGGUCUAUAAGCGUCAAAGGAUCGAACGAAAGCAAAAGAAACGGAAGAGAAAGUUUGUGGUAUCGUCCAGCGACGAAGAGGAAGAUAGUGGUUAUCAGGCGGAUUCGUAUCAAAAUGUAAGAAGCUCUAGAGAUUUUGAAGAUAGUGGCUACCAGUCGAAUUCGUAUUAUAGUGUACGAAGCUCAAGAAAUAUAGCAGAAGUUACUCAGGGAUCUCAAAUUACAACCAUAGCCGAUAUACAUCAAACACCUGUGCGGUCACAUCCAGCGAAAAGGUCGAAAGGCAGUGAGAGUCAUACACCAAAUCCUAUCAAAGGAAAGAGUGGUUAUCAGGCGGAUUCGUAUCAAAAUGUACGAAGCUCUAGAGAUUUUGAAGAUAGUGGCUACCAGUCGAAUUCGUAUUACAGUGUACGAAGUUCAAGAAAUAUAGCAGAAGCUACUCAGGGAUUGUCUCAAAUUACGACCAUAGCCGAUAUACAUCAAACACCUGUGCGGUCACAUCCAGCGAAAAGGUCGAAAGGCAGUGCGAGUCAUACACCAAAUCCUAUCAAAGGAAAGAGUAUACCGGUUAGAAAAUCUUUCAGCGAAACCAGUACCUUCGAUAUCGAUUCUCCUUCAACAUCUGGAACAUACAGGGCACCUUCACCUGAGCCAUCGGAGACUCCCGUCCAAGAAGGAUUUUACUCAGAUGUUUCCCAAACACAAUUUCAUUCAACGCUGCUAAGUUCCACACUCGCUAUAACCUCAGAGUCGACUUAACCUAAUGAUUUUGGUUCGUUUUUUUAUCAGUAAAUAUUUGAAUUCUGAGUGAACUAAUUUUUAACAACUAAAAGCUGUAAAGAGCUGGAAUUUUUGUAAGUGAAGUACCUUGAAAGUGCAAUUUUUAUGAAAGAAUUUUCAACGAACGUGAUUUUUGUAGCAAUAGAAUAAGAAUUCAGCAAUAGAGUCGAUCGAUGCAAAUUACACUUCCGUUAAAACUUAUUUAUAAUGACGUCUCUACGUCUGGGUACACGUGUAGCUCUCAUAGAGCCACGCUUAUACCAACUUUAGACAUUAUUCGAAGGAAUAAUGUUUAAAUGGAUAGGGGCAAACAGUUUUAAGUUUUCAAUGCAUCUCGAUUGGUAUCCUGAGGGGAAAAAUGAUAUAAAAACUAUUUUUUAUAAAUUUAUUGAAAUCUGAUCGUACUUCAUUAGUUUUUUGUUGCGGUAUAUUGCUCGUGAUGCUUUUGUAGCAGUAUUAUUGCUGUAGUCGUUUAUCGAAAUAUAUAAACCGCGAUACUUUUGUCGCAGUUUCUUGUCGUUUCAAAUUUAUCGUUAUAUUUUGGUCGUGGUACUUUUGUCGCAAUAUUUAUAUUGCUCUUUUUCGUUUAAGCAUAUUGGUCCUUAUAUUUUUUUCGUAGUAUUUUGGCUGUGGUCAAGUUGGGUUCAGAACGGAAAUUCACAGUCUCUCUGAACGUGAAAAUAAAUCUCUUGUGUCUUAGGAAGCAACUCUAACAUGGCUUCGAAUGGCCGUAAAUAGCGACAUCUGAUAUUAAAUCCGUUAACUAAUAUAUACAUUAAUUAUAUACAUUACGUGUUCAUAUUAAAGCUAGUUCAGGAGUGACACGAGUUCUGCUACAUUGCAGUUUUACAUUAUAUAAGUCACCGUCCGUGAAACUUAAUGUGUGUCAUAUAAUCAAUUACUUUUGUAGCAAAGGAAUUAUUUAAAAUUCCUCGGUUUCGAUUCCGCGGAAACACGUGGGUGCCAGUACAAUUGAUACUGGUACUUUUGUAGCAGUAUUAGCAGUAUUUAUAUUACUGUUUUUGGUUGCGUCGUAUUGGUUUGUGUAUUUUUGUUGCGGUACUUUGUCUAGGUAUAGGUCUAGGUUUUAUUUUUGAUGCGGUAUUUUAUCGAACUAUAUGGAUUGUGGUCAUUUUGUUACAGUAUUCUCGAUAUAUUGGUCAUUUUAACGCUAUUUCUGGUGUGUUCUUUUGUCGAACUAUAUUACUUAUGGUACUUUUGUCGCUGUUUUUUAGUUUAAUAUAUUUUUCCUUGCACUUUUGUCACUUUAUUUUUACUUCUGUUAGUAUGUUGGUCGUGAUAUGUAUGUUGCAGUUUUCUUUGCUGCGUUUUUUUAGCAGUAUUUAUGUCUUUAUUUUUUGUGACUGGGUAUUGAGCUUUGUACUUUUGUCAUUGUGUUUUUGUAGUGGUCUCUUGUCUCAGUAUAGUGAUCUUGGCACUUUUGUUGUAGUAUAUAAUUGCGGUAUUUUGUCUUAGUAUUUAUAUCGCUUUUAUAUCAUUAAUUUGUGUAAUAUGUUUCACCUCUUCCUUAUUCUAGAGACUAGUAUUCUGAUCUGUAGUUCUAAAAUUCGGUUUUGUUUAUAUAUAAGACUGAGGUUAUUAGUUUUAAAAUAUUUUAACUCAAUUUCACAUUCUAUUUCAAGC